UCGACAAGGUACCAUCUAGUGAUCUGUGUGCCAGCAGCUGUGCAUGAUCCCAGGUUGUCCUUACAUUCUGCUGCACCCCCCUCCCUUCUUUCCUGUUUCAUUAUCUCCAACACUCUGCAGUUAUGGAAACCGGUUCAGACUGGACUAAUGUCAGCCAGGGAAAGGAGGUGAAGCUGGGUGGAGAAGAAGCAAGAGGAGGAGGAGAGCACCAAUAUAAUGGAGACACAAACAAAAAUAUUCCUCCUCACUUCCAGCAGUGAUUCCUCUGCCUUACUCCUUUAUUUACUUGGGCUCCAGCCUGGUACUGAAGAUGCAAUAAGGUCUCCGGUCAUAGCAGCCAGUAUACAGAACGGUGCAUAGUUGCUAAGAAAUGACGCACCAGAAGCCACCCGAUGGAGGAUGGGGCUGGAUUAUUGUCUUGGCCUCCUUCUUUAUUCAGUUCUUGUGCUAUGGUUCUCCUCUUUCCGUUGGAGUCCUAUAUGUAGAAUGGUUAGACGUCUUUGAUGAAGGAAAAGGAAAGACCGCAUGGGUUGGGUCUCUGGCAGCUGGAGUUGGUUUACUCGCAAGUCCUUUGUGCAGUGCCAGUGUCUCUUCUUUUGGUGCCCGUCCGGUUACCAUCUUCAGCAGCUUCUUGGUGGCUGGGGGGUUAAUUAUAAGCAGCUUUGCUCCCAAUGUCUACUUCUUGUAUUUCUCAUAUGGCUUUAUGGUUGGUUUUGGAUGUGGCUUAUUGUACACGGCCACCGUGACCAUCACUUGUCAGUACUUUGAAAAACGGAGAGGACUCGCUCUUGGGAUUGUCUCUACAGGAUCCAGUGUUGGCACCUUUGUAUAUGCAUGUCUACAGAAGGAGCUGAUUUCCAUCUACGGAAUAGAUGGCUGUUUGCUUAUUAUUGGAGCAUUGGCAUUAAAUAUAUUGGCAUGUGGCAUCGUAAUGAGGCCCUUACCACAGUUACCUGAGGCUACAGAGGAAAAGCCUUGUUUGCAGACUGUUCCUGAUGCCUACCUCAUAUACCAUGAAAAAGACAAGACACAAGAAGAAAAUAUUGGGAUGCUUGAAAAGGAGAAAUCCAAUGAAGCCAAUGGGAACUGCUGCACUCAGGAAGAACCCCCCCAGAGUAAUAAUGGAAUUAUGGUUCAAUUUGACACAAUGAAGGACAAGUGUAAAAACAAAGUCAAAGAGAAAGAAAACUGCAAACAGUUGGUUAAAAACAAGUGCCAUUCAUACCUAGACUACUGGGAAGACACCAUAAACCUGUUCAAAAACAAAGUAUUUGCUGCACUUUUCAUCAACAUUUUGUUAUUUGACAUUGGAGGAUUUCCCCCAAGCCUUUUGAUGGAAGAUGUAGCUAAAAGUGCCAAUAUUGAUAAAAAGGACAUGAUAGUGCCCCUAGUGUUCAUCCUUGGCAUCAUGAUGGCUGUUGGAAAGCUUGUUUUAGGAAUCCUUGCUGAUUUUAAAUGGAUUAAUUCAUUGUAUCUAUAUGUAUUCACUUUAAUAAUUGCAGGCUUGGCAGUAGUUGCAGUUCCUUUUGCCAAGACAUAUGCCACCUUGGCUAUUAUUUCUGGAACAAUAGGUUUUUUUUCUGGGAACUGGUCAAUAUUUCCUUAUGUAACAACAAACACGGUUGGGUUGGAUAAGCUCACUCAUGCCUAUGGAAUUCUGAUGUUCUUUGCUGGUGCUGGAAACUGCCUAGGACCACCUAUUGUGGGUUGGUUUUUUGACUGGACAGAGUCUUAUGAUAUAGCCUUCUAUUUCUGUGGAACAUGUGUCAUCCUGGGAGCUCUGGGCAUGCUUCUUGUGGCACUACCAUUUUGGAAGGACUGUAAAACAAAAAAGUUGGAACCAUCUCCAAAGAGUUACUCUUAUAAAGUAGCUUCAGCUGUUUGACAGACUUUAUGACGUUUUGUAGUUUUUAGGUAUUGUACUAUGAGAAUGCACGCAUACCAGCUUUUAUAGCAUUUUCUUAAAUAUUUUUAAUAACCAGUGUUUUUCUAGUCUGCAUUCUCAUAGGUCUUUAUCUCAGGAGGUAUCUCCACAAGGAAGUUUUAGACUCAUCCCAUUAAGCAGAUUUCAUUCUAGAUACACAUUGGAAAAAUAAAAGACAUUUUUAUAAUUUUUAUACAAGUACAAACAUCAUUCAUGUCAUACCUUACUUUACUUUUGCUCUAUGACAUGCUCCUGGCUCAUACAUCAGGAUGAUUGACAAAUCAGGAACCUGCACAGAGCCCUGCUUGUCCUGCCUUCACUUCCUGUAUUUGGUCUCCUCAAAGAGACACACAGGCAGUAGCUGCAGGGGCAGCAUUUUGUUCACCCAUGGAUAUGUACAUUGUUUUCAUCCCAUCCUGGCCACAUUUGUUUGUAAAAUAUUUUCACAGGACAACCCUGUAGGUAGGCAAAAUAUUUUGUGUAUCUUCAGGGGAACUUGGUUAGGCUGUGUUCAUGCAUUAUGGUUUAGAAACAGGUUGUUUUUUUUUUUGUGCAUUUGUCAUGUGGCUCAAAAACUUGUGUAGGAAGAAGCGAUUUGGUUUCAUCCAGAACUGAGCCGACUUCUCUGUUGACUACAGGCUCUACAGUAUACCUCAAUGUGCAGGGUGCUGCUGUGCUCAGGGAAAAGAUGGCCAGGAGGGUGGAGGAGGGUUUAAACUACAAUAUGGAGGGGGAAGGCAGUGUAUUUCCUUUGUUAUGGGGCAAUUGACAUCAGCCUUAUAGAGGUUUUUUUUUUACUUCCUUUGGAUCAACACAAUAAGGUUUUAGGUUGAAGUUGAUGGACUCUGGAUCUUUUUUUCAACCUUAUAAACUAUGUAAACUUUAUGAAAACAGCCCUGGGCUGCAAUAUGGGCACAUGGCGUGUCCAUGCUGUCACCUUUGCAUUUCAACUGCACUGAACAUCGGUCACCAUAAAACAUUACUGUGAACACCAUUAUAAUUUGGCUUUUAGUCAGGAUCCUUUGUGACUUCACUUAGGUUCCUACUAUAUUGUAUCUCAGGUAGAUGGAGACUGGACAUUUGUAUUUCAACAGACCAAUCUAUAUACUGUAUUGCUGUUUUUCUUUAAUAUCUACAUCGAUGUGGUCUAAAAUGGCAGAUGAUCCACAACCCCAAGUGUAGUUGUGCACUUACGCUGG